UGGGACGCGGCGGAAGUUGAAUAGCUAGCUUCACAGUGCUGCUGAGUGCCUACUCCCUCGUUCAACUGAUCCGAAAGCGUGGAAAUUAGUCCAGGAGGUUGAAGAAAAAAAAUGGGCAAAAUUAAACAGAAGAAUGGACAUAAACCACGGAAGAAGAAAAUGGAAAUCACUUUCAACGAUGCCGAUCGCCAGGAGUAUCUAACUGGUUUUCACAAGCGCAAGGUGGAGAGGCGCAAGGCAGCCAUCGAGGAGAUCAAACAAAAACUGAAGGAGGAACAUAAGAAGAUGAAAGAAGAGCGGUGCAAGGAAUACAUGAAAAUGCUGAAGGAAAGAACAGAGGCUCUUGAGGAGGCAAGUGAAUUAGACCAGCUUGUUACAGCAACAACCGAAUCUGUACAGUAUGACCAUCCUAACCACACAGUGACUGUAACAACUGUUAGUGAUCUUGACCUUACUGGACCAAACUGGUUCACACUGGGAGCCAAUGAGACUGAACAGGACAAAGAAGAAGACAAAGAAGAAAAAGGAAAAGAUAAAGAAGACUGGAAACCAUCCAGUACAGUGCCUAAGAAAGCUGGAGAUCCUCUCCUUUCCAAGAAGAUCUCAUCACUAAUGGCCUCUCUGCACGCCCGCACAAAGAAGAAAAAGAAGGGGAAAUCCAACUUGAAAGUGAGGACUGGGAAAUCGGCACCAUCUGACAUGUCCAAAAGUUCACAGAGACACCGGAGUGGUAAGUCGAGCAAAGCCCAGCGCCGCAAGAGAACUGGACGUAAUCGACAACAGUGUGACUAAAUGUCUGUCUUAAUAUGGACUUAAAACACAAUGAAGCCAACUGCCAUAAGUUGGGCCACUACAUUUUAGAAUCGUGGACAAGCUAGAUUGAGGAAGUGGUUACCGGUGGUCUGACUUAAAUGGCCUUUGGGUUACCUGGGUUUCCUGUGUCUUCAUUGAAGACUAAUAUUAAAUCAACUGUAGAGACUGGCGACUGAAAAUGAGCACCCAAAUGCUCCGUUAUGUGAUUCAUAGUGGCAGAUGUGGGUAAGACCUGGAAUACAAAUGGAUUGUUUGUGCAGAAUUUCUUUUAUGAUGGAAAAACUCCACUGUGUUUUCUAUAUAUGUCUGCUGUAUAUCUUUUUAUUGUAAUAAAGUAUGAGAAGGAAUUUGUACACACAA